CUUUAAGCACUUGCAGCAAAAAUCAGUUUUGUUAUAGCGAAAAUGGGUGGUUAUUCUGGAUCCGAAUUUUGAAUUGAAGUUGGUAGUGGUGGAUGUUUUGUUUUCUAUGAUUCAUCUAUGUUUGGCGGCGGAGUAAGGUGGUGGCGCUUUUCAGAGCGAUUCAAGUUUCUGACAACCUCAUUCUCCAUCAACGCUAAGACCAAUUACUCCUUUUGUACUUCAGCCAACAACAACAACAAUUACAUCUCCGAUGAAAGGUAUCGUUAACUGGAGAAUCUCGACAUCAUGAUCGGCGCAAAGAUUCUUUUCACUGAUCCCCCUAAGAAGAACAAGUUUGGGUUUGAUUUCCAUCUUGUACAGUUUUGUUUUGCCUGCUUGCCUUCCUUGGCUGUAUAUUUGGUGGCGCAGUAUGCUCGUUACGAAAUGAGAAAAAUGGAGGUGGAAGUGGCGCUAAAAAGGAAGGAGAAAGAAGAAGAAGAAGCAAAGGAAAGAGAAAAGGCAAUGGAACUAAAGCCCCCUGAGGAAAAGGAAGAAAAAUCUGAUCCCCAGCUUUCAGAGGUGAAAGUGAGACUUGAGAAACUUGAAGAAGUUGUGAAGGAGAUUGUGGUUGAAACAAAGAAACAAUCUAGCAGCAACCUAGGCAAAAAUCAGGUGUCCGAUGAUGAGAAAAUACACCCAAAUUCCCCUGCACCAAGGAACACGAGUACCCCUGAUUCUGCAUCAAAUAAAGCUGUAGACGAAGACAGUCUUGAUAAGCACAAUUCUCUCAAGUCUAAGCCAGAAUUACAUGAAAAGAGCAAGGGUUCAGUUGCAACUGCAAAUUCUUCUCCUCUGGAUCCCAAAGGCCAGAAUCAAGUGGAGGUGCUUCUUAAGGGUUUAGGCUUUGGAGAUUUGGAAUUGAACCCUCUUGGACCAACACUUGGGUGAGAACCAACACUGAACCAAAAUUUAGUCAGCUCUGUCUUCUAUUCCUAUGGGCGAAUCGAAACCGAAACCAGGGCAUUUUCUACUUUUGUUUGUGACAACAGCUCUGAACUCUGUCCAUGGUUGUGGUUGCAAACUGGUAAACAGUUCGGUGUGUCUAUUCCAUGACUCUUUUUGUUCAUUUACUUUCAUUCUUUUUUUAUUAUGGGUUAUGAUAUCUCAUUUUGUUUUUUUAAACUGAAUUCUUAUAAAGUUCUUC